AAUGAGGUACGACGUCAGUGGUGGUUUUUGUGGGUGUCGAAUAUUCGAAAAGUAAAUGGUGCUGUGAUUUUCAAUUGUUAUUAUUAACUUUAAUUUAUAAAAUAAUGUGAAAUGCUCUGAUGAGAAGCUGUAAUAUAACGAAAAGAUGUAUUAAAGUUUAAAUUAAUUGUGGUUAAAACAGAAUUAAUAGUUCCAAAAAUUUUAAAAUGAGUCUAACUAUGACCAAAAAAGUUAGUGAAUGCCAAGCGGAGACUGUACAGUUUAUGCCUAUAGAAAAAGUAGAAGAUGAAUGCAGUCCAGAACAGUUUUGUGCAGGCAGCACACUCCUCCGACGGGGUAAAAAACUGGAAGACAACAAUAACUUGACAAAAGAGGACCUGGAGUACCUCAACUAUAGACAGCUUCUCAAGUACGAGCAAGCUCCGUAUUACCUGCAACACAAUCCCUUCAUCCGGGAUGGAUAUAGAAAAUUGUUACCUACAAAACUAUGCUGGGAAAGCAUAUUCUGGUGGACGAACGAGACGAUGAACAUAUGGACGCACAUAUUCGGCUUCUUCUUGCUGCUGUUCCUCACCAUCAACGAUCUCGUCAUCAUCAACAUCCACGCCACGGUCACAGACAAGAUUGUAGCUGGGAUACUGUUUUCUUGUUUUCUGAUAUGCAUGGCUCUAUCGGCUCUCUACCACACGUUUUCGUGUCGUUCCGAGAACGAUUACAAUACGUUCCUAAUGUACGACCUCUUCGGGAUCGCGCUAUCAUUGCUUGCGAUAUACACCUCGGGGGUCUACUACGCAUUCUGGUGUCAUUCUGAGCUGAAAACCUUUUACUUGACAUCAGUGACGCUGAUCUUCAUCCUGGCGAUGGUGCUUCAGAUCCCGCGACUGAAUGUGCCUUACUUGGUGAAGAUGUGCGUGUUCAUAGGAUGGGCCGCCUAUGGCGUGCUGCCUACGCUGCACUGGACUUAUGCUAUGGGAGGAUUUGAGAAUCCUAUGGUCCAGAUGUUCUUCCCUAGAGUUAUAGGGAUGUACAUCAUAAGUGGGACAGCUUUCGUGAUAUAUGCCUUCAAGGUGCCAGAGCGCUGGUUCCCGGGGCAAGUCGACUACAUCGGGCACUCGCACCAGUGGUGGCACGUGCUCGUGCUGGGCGCGCUGUACUACUGGCACAACUCCGGCAUGAUGUACGUGCAGUACCGCAUGAACCACGGCUGCGCGAAUACUAUGCGCAUAUUCUAAACCUUAUCACCUUGGCUUAAGAUUCAAAAUUAGUAUCCAUGUCUCGUCCAAUAACGGCUAUUUUACCUUGACUUCAGCUUGUCGUAGGCGCGUCACUACAUACGCUCGCCGCGCGUUCUAAAUUCAAUUUCAAAAACGUCGCGCGACUACACUAAUUGCAAACUUAAGUCUUGUUGCCUUGUCUUAAGACCCAAAACAAAUGCACUCGCACCAGUGGUGGUGAUACAAGCGCUGUACUACUGGCACAACUCCGGCAUGAUGUACGUGCAGUACCGCAUGAACCACGGCUGCGCGAAUACUAUGCGCAUAUUCUAAGCUAGAAUGGACCUUAUUGCAGUGUCUUAAGACUCAAAAUUAGUAUCCAUGUCUCGUCCAAUAACGGCUAUUUUACCUUGACUUCAGCUUGUCGUAGGCGCGUCACUACAUACGCUCGCCGCGCGUUCUAAAUUCAAUUUCAAAAACGUCGCGCGAUUACACUAAUUGCCUCGUACCCAAAACAAAUGCACUCGCACCAGUUGUGGUGACACAAGCGCUGUACUACUGGCACAACUCCGGCAUGAUGUACGUGCAGUACCGCAUGAACCACGGCUGCGCCAACACCAUGCGCAUAUUCUAAACCUUAUCACCUUGGCUUAAGAUUCAAAAUUAGUAACAAUGUCUCGUUCAAUAACGGCUAUUUUACCUUGACUUCAGCUUGUCGUAGGCGCGUCACACUACGUUCGCCGCGCGUUCCAAAUUCAAAAACGUCGCGCGACAACACUAAUUGCAAACUUAAAUUUUAUUGCAUUGUAAUAAGACCCAAAACAAAUGCACUCGCAUCAGUGGUGGCACGUGCUCGUGCUGGGCGCGCUGUACUACUGGCACAACUCCGGCAUGAUGUACGUGCAGUACCGCAUGAACCACGGCUGCGCGAAUACUAUGCGCAUAUUCUAAACCUUAUCACCUUGGCUUAAGAUUCAAAAUUAGUAUCCAUGUCUCGUCCAAUAACGGCUAUUUUACCUUGACUUCAGCUUGUCGUAAGCGCGUCACACUACGCUCGCCGCGCGUUCUAAAAUUCAAUUUCAAAAACGUCGCGCGACAACACUAAUUACAAACUUAAGUCUUGUUGCCUUGUCUUAAGACCCAAAACAAAUGCACUCGCACCAGUAGUGGUGCCACAAGCGCUGUACUACUGGCACAACUCCGGCAUGAUGUACGUGCAGUACCGCAUGAACCACGGCUGCGCGAAUACUAUGCGCAUAUUCUAAACCUUAUCACCUUGUGUUAAGAUCCAAAAUUAGUAAAUUGCUUGCCGUAAGCGGCGUAACCAAGCGGUCCUAAAGUACGCUCGCCGUGCGUUCUAAAAUCAAAAAACGUCUUUGCCAACACUAAGCGCAUAUUCUAAGCUAGAAUGGACCUUAUUGCAGUGUCUUAAGACUCAAAAUUAGUAUCCAUGUCUCGUCCAAUAACGGCUAUUUUACCUUGACUUCAGCUUGUCGUAGGCGCGUCACUACAUACGCUCGCCGCGCGUUCUAAAUUCAAUUUCAAAAACGUCGCGCGACAACCUAUGUCUUGUUGCCUUUUCUUAAGACCCAAAACAAAUGCACUCGCACCAGUUGUGGUGACACAAGCGCUGUACUACUGGCACAACUCCGGCAUGAUGUACGUGCAGUAUUGCAUGAACCACGGCUGCGCGAAUACUAUGCGCAUAUUCUAAACCUUAUCGUCUUGUGUUAAGAUCCAAAAUUAGUAAAUUGCUUGCCGUGAGCGGCGUAACCAAGCGGUCCUAAAGUACGCUCGCCGUGCGUUCUAAAAUCAAAAAACGUCUUUGCCAACACUAAGCGCAUAUUCUAAGCUAGAAUCAACCUUAUUGCAGUGUCUUAAGAUCCAGAAUGAAUUAAUAAUAUAGCUAUUUUACCCUGUCUCCGGCUCGCCGCGCGUUCUAAAUUCAAAAACGUCGAUCGUCAUCGUCAUGAACCACGUAUGCGCCAACACCAUGCGCGUAUUCUAAUCCUUAUUGCCAUCUAAUAAGAUUCAGAAUUAAUAUUCAUUAUUCUAAACUAAAAUGGAUCUUAUUGUCUUGUCUUAAGACCCAAUGCAGUGGUGUCAACGUACUUGUGCUCUACUCGUACAGAGUAAAUACAAAUGAGUAGGUUAUCUUCAUAGAAACGCACCGAGCGCGGUUUGUAUGUGAGCGCGCCUAUACGUAUGCGGCGCGCACGCACACACUGACAAAAUUCGGCGCAACUCCCCGCUAAUCCACGAUAAAUUUCUCUACUCGUAGUUCUGAUUUGGUAGGUAUUGCUCAAAAAAUCUUUAGCUAAAGAUGUUUUAAAAUAAAAGGUGAUCUUCACUUUUUCUUCGUCUACUGUUUUAAGAGGUUGCUGUGUGGAAUUAAGACCCAAGAAGUUAGAUUUCUCUCUAUUACUAUUCUAAAGGGAAAAAAAAUGGGUUGUGUGCUCAGAAGUGAUGCUCCCAAAGGCUCAAAGUUGGCUUGUUAUGACGUAUACUAUUCUUGGCUCUUUCAUGGUGUAGAUAGGUUAACAUUAUUCCACAUUAUAUGUAAUACAAAGACGUACUUAAAUAUUGUAAUGUUACUGUAUGGACUUACAGUUUACACGAGCUACAUCUGACAGUAUUAAUAAAACUAUGUUACACAAAGUCUCAAGAAUUGAGAAAAUUGAAGUUUUUGUCGGUAUAUCCUGGCAGCUCUGCAUAUUAGGACACUGAAAAACGUUUAUAAAGUUCUAUAGCUCGUGUAAACAUAGUUAAAUAAAAAUAAUUGAGAGUUAAAUGACUUGAAUAAAGUUGCCUUAGUGUAGUUACCCUAUUUAUGAACUAGAUAAAUAUUAAUAGGAUAAACAAUAUUGUUUAAGAUUAUGUAGUUUCAUAUCUUAAUAUAUUUAUUAAUUGCUCAUUUACUUGUUACUUAUAUACAUUUUCUCUGUUAUUGGAGUAUGUUUUAAUUGCAUUUAUUAUUGCUAAAUCUGUGAUUUAUCGAAUUUCGUUUGUUUUUACUUGUUUUAUCUUACAAAAUUUUAUUCUUUAUAUUGUGUUGGGACUGGGUUAUAGGUAUUAUUAUGAAAAUGGUUGAAAUUAUACAAUUUUAUUGAU